ACCGCAAUCUAAAUUUCAAAUUCACAUCCCGAGUCUGUCAAACGCGCCGUUUUGGAGCUAGGGUUUCUGCACCACGAAAAAUCCCAGCUAGGGUUUCGUUCUCUGCUACGGUUUUGCACCAGCUCAAACUACGAAGCUAGGGUUUUGCUAAGCCCCGAAACACUCCAUGGAAGAUUACGCAGAACCAUCCCAUUUCGAAGACGAUCAAUUCGCCUACAAUGGCGAAGAAUAUCAAGAAGAUUUUCAGGACCAAGAGCACCACCACCAACAACAAGAACGAAAAAAAUUCGAUUCGGAGCGUGGUUUCGAACCGAACGAUAACGUAGGUACCGCAGGCAAUGGCAUAAAGCACUCAAUCGGUCACCGUGACUCGGCGUCUGCAGGAAAGCUUUUCGUUGGAGGCAUUUCUUGGGAGACCACUGAAGAGGCUUUUGCUAAUUACUUCAGCAAGUAUGGGGACAUAACAGAUUCUGUAAUAAUGAUCGAUAAACAUUCAGGAAGGCCACGGGGGUUUGGAUUUGUAACAUUUUCUGACCCAGCAGUUGCUGAUACGGUUUUGGCAGAAGACCAUGUUAUAGAUGGCAGAAUGGUUGAAGUGAAGAGGACAGUCCCAAGGGAGGAUAUAGAGGUUAAGGGGGUACUGAAAACAAAGAAGAUUUUUGUUGGUGGAAUACCAGCAUCUUUGACUGAUGAUGAAUUGAAGGAAUACUUCUCUUCUUACGGCAGUAUUAUUGAGCACCAAAUUAUGCUGGAUCAUAAAACUGGGCGGCCUAGAGGCUUUGGGUUUGUCACUUUUGAGAGUGAAGACACUGUAGAAAAAAUCUUUUUGGAGGGAAAAAUGCAUGAACUUGGAGGCAAGCAGGUGGAAAUAAAGAAGGCAGAACCCAAAAGAGCUGGUGGUGAUUAUAGGGGAAGUGCUGCUAAGUCAUACAGUGGUUUUGGUAGUGGUUCAGCUGGGUAUGGCGGGUAUAAAACGGGAGGGGGUCGGGAUGGUGGAAAAAUGGACAGGGGUUAUGGUGGGUAUGGUGUCUAUGAUGGUUAUGGUGGUUACGGGGGAAGCUAUGGUGAAAGUUCUGCCAGUUUCUAUGGUGGCUUUGGUGGAUAUGGAUAUGGAUAUGGGUAUGGUGCACCCAUGUACGGAAGUGCUGGAUAUGGAGCUGGUGGUUAUGGCAUUCCCAGUGCUUAUGGCGGUCCUGCUGGAUAUGGUGGUAGUAAAGGAUAUGGAGGAGUUGGCGGCGGCGGUGGUGGUGGUUAUGACAAUGGUAAAGGAUAUGAGAGGGGUGGCAGUUCUUUGACUAGAAGAUACCAUCCUUAUCAGAAGUGAAAAAAUCUCGAACUUCAUAGUUUGGGAUGAACAUCUAAUGACGACCGGAGACUAAUCGGAUUCUCUGCUUGGAAGACAAAAAUGGAUAUUGAGCGUCUAUUGGGAGCUGCCUGAGGGGGUCACAAUUAAGUGUAUUGUACUUGUGAAAAGAACUCGAGUUGUAAUGUUGAAUUUUGUAGUAGGUUGGCCUACUGAAAGCGUGUCUUCGGAGGAUUAAUUUGCCGAAACUUUGAUUUACAACAUCCUCGGCAUGAUGUGAGAGCUCGCAACCGUCAUCUUCGCACAUGCUCUGUAAUUCUGCAUUUGAAACCAGUUCGUUUAAUAAUGGGAAGAUUUGGUGAGAGUCGGCUUAUAAUCGGGUCUGGUUGGGGUAAAUAUGUUUGGUUUUUUGAUCAUUUACAAACUCCAAAUAUUCGCACCAAUUCAUGUAAUAGGAAGCCAGGCAUGAUGGUCCCUUGUUCAUCUUCUUUAUCAGAGACAGAACAGAAUAACAUCCUAUCAGUUGGAUUC